CCAUUAACGCCAUGCGCCUCUAUUGCAGAUGCAGAUGCGAUUUGACGGACUGCUGGGCUUUCCCGGGGGGUUCGUGGAUCGCCGUUACUGGUCCCUGGAGGACGGUCUGAAUCGGGUGCUGGGCUUGGGUUUGGGCUGUGUGCGCCUGACGGAAGCUGACUAUCUGUGCUCGCACCUGACAGAGGGGCCACAUCGCGUGGUGGCACACUUCUACGCCAGGCAGCUGACCCUGGAGGAGCUGCAUACCAUCGAGAUCAGCGCGGUGCAUUCCCGAGACCACGGGCUGGAGGUGAUGGGCAUGGUCCGUGUCCCCCUCUACACCCAGAAGGACCGCAUGGGCGGGCUGCCCAACUUCCUGGGCAACUCCUUCGUGGGAACAGCCAAAUUCCAGCUGCUCUUUGCCCUGAAGAUCUUGAACAUGGUGCCGGAGGAGAAGCUGGCCGAGGCGGUGGCCGCCACGCAGAAGCCGAAGAAGCCGGCCAUCGACCAGGCGGCGGGGGCGACGGGAAACGCGGCCGGCGCUAAGCACGCCAACGAGCUGGCGGCUAAAACGGGCAACGAAUUGGCAGAGAGGGCAGAGAACCAGGCGGGCGUGCAGGCGGCGGAGCAGGCGGUGGCCGGGCUGGAGAGCCAGGCGGUGGCCGAGCAGCUGAUGGCUGUGCCGGGGGUCGAGGCGGUGGAGCAGCCGGUGGGGCUGGGGGCAAAUGCCAUGUUGGAGCAGCAGGUAGCCGAGCCCAUGGAGUGACGCCGCCGCUGCCGCCGCGGUUGCGCUCGAUUAAAAGUGGGUGAGACUCUAGAGACUUUUCUUCUAACUUUCCAACCCGUCGCCGGCUGCAGCCGCUGCCCACGCGCCCGCGCUGCCCGGCCGGGAGGGUUUGUUUGAAGCAGGGGACAGCUAUGUAUUUUUAUGGCCAUUAAACUCUAGCGAGCUUCCCAGAUCAACCCGCACGGCCCCCUGCAGAGAGUUCACCUGCUUAACGUCAGGGCGCCGAAGCCUUAGAAUUAUGCUUUGAUUUCAGGGACACGCUGCUGCCGGCAGGUCCCCGUUUCACUUUUUUUGUUUUUUUAAGGAACAAAAAGAAAGAAAGAAAAAAAAAAAAAAGUCUUAUUUUUUAAAUGCCCCGCGUUGACUGGGACGCGGCUGUGUUGGCAGCGGACACAGCUGAGGGACGGGGCUGCUGGUGAAGCAGCUCUGCCGGCGGCGGCGCGGCCGGGGCAGCGGCGCAGGGGGGUGGCGUGUCGUGAAUUCCCUCUGGGGCCUGGGGGAGCGCGCGUGUGGGUUUCUACCUGGAGAUCUGUGGGAGCAGGAAAGCGGAAUAAAUGGCUUUGCUGAA